AUGGGGGUAUUUGGUCACUGGCUUGUUGUGCUGUGCUUCUCCUUUAUCGCCCAACUAUCCGCUUCGCUCAACGUCACUUCUCACGUGAACAAUGCCUCCAAUAUUACCAAUUCAUCAAUAUCGCCGAUCGCCGUGAACUCGUCGCGGCCUUUGCGGCUGGCGUGGAGCGCGAAGGACACGGUCCCCGUGCCGGUGCAAUUUUCUGAUAAUCCGAACGCAAAGGAUUGGUGCAAGGGGUACUUGAUCUGUGGUCCGCUCUGUCUGGAGAUGAGCUACGUGUCGGACAAGGCCAAAUGUAUAAUGCAAGAUUGUGGCCCAGACGAGAUCGCGUGCGCCGAAUUGGGGAACGCCUCCAUCUGCGUCGACUCGAAGCGCAUCAAACAUUUCGAGCGUGGCAAGUGUACGCUGGAAGACUGUGGAGACCAUCCGGACGCGCAUCCGUGCAAGCAGCACGGCAGAACGGUGUGCAUGCCUUACAAAGAGUUGGAAGCCAUCGACAGCGAGGACAAAUGCGUGCUGAAACAGUCGAACAUGUCGAAUUCAGAAGGGACAGAAGGACACACGUGCGUCCACUUCUCCCGGCUCACCGACUACGGCGGCAAGGGCAUCGACGAUCCGCAUCGUUGCUAUUUUAGACAGUGCCCGGGCGACGACCAAAUCUUUUGCAACUCGAUAUGCUACAAGAUUUCCGAGGUGAAAUCAGUCGACGUCAACGGGAAAUGUGAACUGCACAACCCGCCGACGAACGACUAUAUCGUGGUGCUCAUCUACGGGUUGGUCAUCAUCGUCGCCGUCUUGCUGGUCAUUGCCGCCACUACCGCUGCAGCCGACUCCGACAAGGCCCCAUUUCUGCCGACGACGCGUCCCGAAGCGAACAACCAGGCGCCAGAGGUU